AUGUGUGUUUGUGUGUUAGCUGAUGAUUUGGACAACUUUAGUUUUAACAAUGGACGUUUAAUUAAUGAUUUCUUCUACGAAAAUCAAGAUUUGAGCGCGCUGCAAGUUGAUGAUUGGGAGGAUGAGGAAAGCACGGUGGAGGAUAAACAAGCUCAUGUGCGGACAGCGCUUUUGAACGCUUUGAAAGACGGGAAGCAACUCAGGAGAUUUGCGGAAGUUUUGCCAAUUAUUCGAGUAAUGAGUUCGCCGCAAAGGAUAGCGCUCGCAGCUUUGGUCUCGGCGCAGAUUGCCCACGAGAAGGAAGGAACUGAAGGAAAUGGUCUGAGUUUGCCACAGUCAUUUAAUAUUCCUGAAACAGGCUCUAACAGACCAAUUAUUUUACCAAAUCCAAGUGGAGUGCCAUGGAAAGCUGAAGAAGAAGUUGUAGUGGUUUCUGAUGAUGAUGGUGAAUCCUAUCGUAACGAUUUUGAAGAUAGUAAUAAAACUGUCCAAAAAGAAGAGCCGCCGGUUUAUGUAACGACAGACAUAACAACAAACACAAUUCCAAUUAGUACCUAUACAACAAACAUAUUGAAAAAUAUACCCAUUAGUACCACAUCCACUACAUCCACUACAUCCACAACAACUACACCACCUCCAAGUACAACGCCAGAACCAAAAGGCAUUGUCCCUAAUACUAAAACUGAUAUAAAAAACAAUUCAAAGAUGAGAAAUCAGAGAAAGAAACAUGAAUUUUCUGGAUCCAAAUUAUCUACAACAGAAAAAACAAAUACACCUUCAGCAAUUCCCAGUACUAGUCCUAAAUAUCCUAGCAUUAUUUUUGAAACUACGAUACAUCCCAGUAGUACAAAGAGCACUCUUCGAAUACCUGCUAAUAUAACAGAGAGUAUAUCUCAUAAUAAUUUUAGUUCUACUUUAUCAAGCACGAUACCAGCACCAAAACCUACAAGUUCAGCAAAAGUUAAUUAUAUGGAUUACGCAGCUUCAAAUAAAGCACCAUCUUCCUUACCAUCUAGCCUUGAAACAGAAAAUCCUGUUACUGCAAAAAGUACUAGAAACAGAUUUAUAGCAGCUGUAAAGGAAAACAAAAUCACAACUUUAUGUUUCUGGAUAAGUUUACAACAGAAAGAUAAACUUUGCCACAUACGUUUUGGCCGGACUGGGACUGGUACCAGUAAUUCUAAUCACAGUUUACGUUGUGUAAAACUGCUUAACAGAGCCAAAAAGUUACCUGAAGAUUUGGAACAUUGUGCAAAAGACAGCACCCCUAUAGCCAACACUGCCGUUGAUGACGAUUGUGAUCUAUAUUCUGUUACUAGUGAAUAUCAUUUCGAUAGGACGAAUUUGAGAUUCAAAAGUAUUUUGGGAGAAGGUAAUUUUGGACAAGUGUGGAAAGCAGAAGCUGAUGAUCUUACCGGUCAUUUUGGGUCUACAAGAAUUGUGGCUGUGAAAGCAGAGCGGGAUGAAGGUGGUCCAGGAUUGAGAGCUGAGGCCGAAAUUAUGAAGAAAUUGGGACAACAUAUUAACGUUGUAACAUUAUUGGGAUUGUGCAUGGAACAAGAACCUCACCUACUAAUAAUGGAGUACGCAAUGCGCGGCCGCUUGCUGAGUUUGCUCCGAGCCUGCAAAGGCCCUGAUGGAAUUCGCGAAGAGCGCGAUCGAACGCCUCCUAUUGCAAAUAUCCAACUGACCGGCUUUGCUCUCGACAUAGCCAAAGGAAUGGAAUACAUUGCUGCUAGAAAGAUAGUACAUCGAGAUUUGGCUGCUCGAAAUGUGUUAAUUGACCACAAUGGGGUUUGUAAAAUAUGUGACUUUGGCAUGUCUUUAGACCUGGGAACGGCGAAGGUAAUCUCUCUUCCCAGUGGAGCAGAUAGCGCCCGCCGCAAGAGAAGAAGGCCUUUGCGCAGGCUGAAAUUACCAGAGUCGAGGACAGUAGCAGGUGCUAAUACAAGACAAAGACCAGCAAUGCCCAUCAGGUGGAUGGCACCAGAAUCGCUACAAAUGCAUCUGUAUAGCACAGAGACAGACGUUUGGGCAUUUGGAGUUUUACUCUGGGAAAUUUUCACGUUGGGCUGCACGCCUUAUCCAAACUUAAGUGGUCGCGAAGUUGUUCGCCUGGUGCCUUCUGGUCUGCGGCUCGAGAGUCCUCGUAGAUGUUGCGGAACUUUGCUGAAUCUGAUGUCCAGGUGCUGGAAGUCGGACUCGGCACAAAGACCGACUUUUGCCGAAGCCCGGCACGAUCUGACCGCCCUGCACCGUGCAGAGUCUGCCGCCCUGGACGCCAUGGACGAUGCCUCAACGACGGACUGUUUUGAUGUCAGUGGAUUCAGCGAGGACUACGAAAAUGGAGUUGUGUAUUUUGAUAGGCGGAUUUCGGAAUUUGAAUGUGAUAUUUGAUUUAGGCUCAAAUUGCACAUCGGGAAAAUCAAAUUAUUAUCUAGCUUUGUGCAAUUGGGAGGGAACAUCGAUUUGCAGAUACUUUCUUGAGCAAAUAUUUUUAUAUUUAUCAAAUGCAUAGUAUGGAAAAGUCUCUAGAUACUUUGGUCUAGUACCUGGAUUAUAGCGAAAUUAGCCAAAUUUUCAAUUAUAUAAACAGAAAAUUAUUUAGGCUCAAAUUGCACAUUGGCAUUGAAUUUGUCCGAAAUUGAUAUUUCUAGCUUCGUAUAAUUGUUAUUAGAAGCAUUGAUUUUUUUUUGGAAUACAAAAA